AUGAAUAUUGAAAGUCAAUUGCCAAGUAUAAAAGGCUUAUUUAAGCCUGACUGAAUGGAUUGUAAAGCAUUUAAAAAGCAAGCAAAAAUAACUUAUUUCAUAGGAAAAGCAGGCCGGAAAUUAGAAUUUGCAAAUUCAAGCUACGUAAAGAAAGAAUUUUUAACACCUAAGAAAAAACACAUAUGAGAUCUUAGAAAUGAAGAAGAUCUGGAGCUGAAGCGAAUUAAGAGAAGAAAAAAUAAUAAGAGCUUUGACAUUGGAAAUGUAAAAACUAAUUCUACACUUUGUUAGCAAUCAAAUACCCUAUUUUUUGGGAAAAAAACUCUCUUCUUUACUGAGCAGAAAUUUUUUAAUAUAAUUAAUAUUGGAUAAAAUAUUUAUAUUCACGAGAUCUCCCAAAUAUAUUAUAUAUAAAAUCCUCUUUAGAGCAAAAUAAUCAAUGAUGGAGGUAAGGAAAAAUUGCCCAAGAUUGAAAUGCUAAAGAUAGCAGGUAGCAAAUGAAAUAGCAAUGUAUGCAUUCCUGUGCAAGUAAAAGAGAGAAAAAUACAAGGAGACAUACAAUCAUUAAAAGUUAGGCAGAAAGCUCUUGAUUUAAUUAUUGGUGACCAAAUUAUUGAUGUAACUAAAAGUUUGAUAUCCAAAUCUUCUCCGACAAAAUCAAAAAACCUACAAACAGAAAUUUGUGAAAAUUUCCAGCCAAGUUCUUCUACAAGAAGCUUUUGCUGCGGUUGGAAUGAUCCUUUAUUAUAA